AUGUUUGAGCGCAACGCCGAGUCGCUGCCAAAGAUCACGCUCGAACGCGCGGCCGCGGCAAAGAUGAAACUCGAGAACUUUUACCAGCUCAAUGUCAGUCACGCUGUCGAGCGGAAUCAGCGACGCGUCGAGCUCGAAAGCCGUCUCGCCAACGAACGAGGCUCCGAAGAACGCAAACACAGACAACUGCAGAACCUAGGCAAGAAAGAGUCUACUUUCCUGCGCCUGCGCCGGACGCGUCUCGCGCUCGACGACUUCCACACCGUCAAGGUGAUUGGCAAGGGCGCGUUCGGUGAAGUGCGGCUCGUGCAGAAGAAGGACACGGGCAAGAUCUACGCGAUGAAGACGUUGCUCAAGUCUGAGAUGUUUAAGAAAGACCAGCUCGCGCAUGUCAAAGCCGAGCGCGAUGUGUUGGCCGGUAGUGAUUCGCCGUGGGUGGUCUCGCUUUACUACUCGUUCCAGGACGCGCAUUACUUGUACCUGAUUAUGGAGUUUUUGCCCGGUGGCGAUCUAAUGACGAUGCUGAUCAAGUACGACACGUUCUCAGAAGACAUCACGCGGUUCUACAUGGCCGAAUGCGUACUCGCCAUCGAAGCCAUCCACAAGCUCGGCUUCAUCCACCGCGACAUCAAGCCCGACAACAUCCUGAUCGACAAAGACGGCCACAUCAAGCUCUCCGACUUUGGUCUCUCGACCGGGUUCCACAAGACGCACGAUAGCAACUACUACAAGAACUUGCUCGAAAAGAACCCAUCGACAGGUCCGCCGCGGAACUCGGUCAUGGUCGACGCGAUCCACCUGACGAUUUCGAACCGGUCGCAGAUCCAAACCUGGCGCAAGUCGCGUCGGUUGAUGGCGUACUCCACCGUCGGCACGCCGGACUACAUCGCGCCCGAGAUCUUCAUCCACCAGGGCUACGGACAAGAGUGCGACUGGUGGUCACUGGGAGCAAUCAUGUUUGAGUGUCUAAUAGGCUGGCCGCCGUUCUGCUCCGAGACCCCGACGGAUACCUACCGCAAGAUUCUCGCGUGGCCAGAGACGCUCUAUUUCCCCGAAGAAAUCCACCUGUCGCACGAAGCCGAAGAUCUUAUCCGCCGACUACUCACGAGCGCCGAGAACCGGCUCGGCCGCGGCGGCGCGGACGAGAUCAAAGCCCACCCGUUCUUUGACGGCGUGGACUGGGACUCGAUCCGCGAGUUCAACGCGCCGUUUAUCCCGAAACUGAGCUCGAUCACCGACACGAGUUAUUUCCCGACCGAGGAUCUCGAGAAUAUCCCGGACGCGCCCGAGAUCAGUGCUGCGAACGAGGCGGUGGCGGCGGCGACGAAUAAUAGUGAGGAGACUGAGCUGUCGAAGGAGAGUAUGCCGUUUAUUGGUUAUACUUAUUCGAGAUUCGACUAUCUAACGCGGAAAAACGCCCUGUAA